GUUCGACCACUUUUGGCCAUAACCUCCUUGCAACCUCCUUGCACGACAUGUUCUUCAUUCAACUGGCACGGACAGUCCAAUCAUGUUCAAGGUCACAACCCUCUGCAACAGCUUUCCUGCCGCGGUUCUUCUCGGUCUCAUCCGUUGCUGAAGCUGGUUACAAAAUGAAAUCGCAUUCCGGCGCGAAAAAACGCUGGCGGUCGCUCGCUUCAGGUAGCGAUUUUAAACGUGGGAAAGCAUGUCAUUCACAUUUGAAUGCGUCCAAAAAUGCUGCAAGAAAAAAUAGACUAAGCACCACAGCCUACUCAACCAGUGCACAAUCACACAAGCUGAAGAAACUUCUGCUGCCUUAUGGUUCGAAUUAGACGCAGUAACGUCGCUGCCAUGCAUACAUCAUUGUCAGUGUAGGUACAUAUUGUACAAGCGAGGAUGAUCAUCUCAGUCCA